GUCUAGGGAGUCUGCAUUUUUAACAAGAGUCUAAGCUUAACAAGGUAAGUUGGACACCUGCUCCCUGCACUGCACUUUGAGAAACACUGAGGAAGAAACAAAACCAGUGCUAUGUGGAAGAUACAGAGAGGAGAGGUUCCUCUUUAAGAUGAAGGUUGUACCAUCAGUGGAAGGGGAUAACCUCUUAGCUAGAGAGGAGUUGUGCAAGGCCUAGGAAAUAGGGAUGUAGAUUCAGUAGAGUCUCUCUUAACCUGGAAACUGUCUGAUCCUUUAAAAUCUAACCACUGGGCAGCUAUUCUCUGCUCUAAGUUUGUUCCUAAUAUGAGAUCUCAUGGGCUUUGUUUCUCCUCCAGGAGCAGGAACUCAAAGCAGCCGCUGAUGGCGUACUAUCUGAAGUGAGGAAAAAACAAGCAGAUACCAAAAGAAUGGUGGACAUUCUUCGGGCUUUGGAGAAAUUGAGGAAAUUGAGGAAAGAGGCUGCAGCAAGGAAAGGGGUUUGUCCCCCAGCCUCAGCAGAUGAGACUUUUGAGCACCAUCUUCAGCGACUGAGAAAACUCAUUAAAAAGCGCUCUGAACUAUAUGAAGCUGAAGAGAGAGCCCUCAGAGUUAUGCUGGAAGGAGAACAAGAGGAAGAGAGGAAAAGAGAAUUAGAAAAGAAACAAAGAAAAGAAAAAGAGAAAAUUUUACUUCAGAAACGUGAAAUUGAGUCCAAGUUGUUUGGGGAUCCAGACGAGUUCCCACUUGCUCACCUCUUGGAGCCUUUCCGACAAUAUUACCUCCAAGCUGAGCACUCCCUACCAGCGCUCAUCCAGAUCAGGCAUGAUUGGGAUCAGUACCUGGUGCCAUCCGAUCAUCCCAAAGGCAACUUCGUUCCCCAAGGAUGGGUCCUUCCCCCGCUCCCCAGCAACGACAUCUGGGCAACUGCUGUUAAGCUGCAUUAGUAAGGAUGCUCCAGGAGUGUGGUGCAGCCAACGCUCUUUCCAGCUCUAAAUAUUAGCGAUGGUGCCAUCUUUUGCUGUAGACUAAACUGCAACUUCUGAAUUCCAUGUGGCAUUCCCCUACCCUGAAGUUACGCUUUCCUUCUGUGCUCUGUGCUGGCCAGAGGUGCCUCUUAAAUCAGAUUAAUGUGGUUCUUCAAGAAAGGACUUAGGUGAACUGAGGUUUUUACCACAAGCAGUGAAUGACCUGGGUUCACCAAAUUUGCCUCUGUUUUGAGGGGCUUGGUCCAGAGUGACUAAUUUACUCUAACUUCCUUGUGUGUUGAAGGGUAAGUACACUCAAACACUGAAUACAGGUGUGCAAUGGGUAGAUUUCACAGCCCUUCCACUAAUAGUGUGAAGGCAAGCUUGAUGCAAAACCUCCUGACCUUUCCUACCUGAAGAGCCCUUUGACUUCUAGGAAGAAAGGUCAAAAACGUGUUACUU